AUGGGAAACGGAACCUCCCGUGUUGUCGGUUGCUUCGUGCCGUCAAGUGAGAAAAACGGCGUCGAUUUGGAGUUUCUCGAGCCUUUAGAUGAAGGCUUAGGGCAUUCCUUUUGCUACGUUAGGCCAAGCAUCUUCGAGUCUCCGGAUAUUACUCCGUUUAACUCUGAGAGGUUCACGAUUGAUUCAAGCACGCUUGACUCGGAGACACUCAGCGGAUCGUUUCGAAACAAUGUCGUCGAUGAUCCUUCUUUCUCGGAUAGACACAGCGGUAAAGGCUUGGCGGAGACUACGUUCAAGGCAAUCUCUGGUGCUUCGGUUAGCGCCAAUGUUUCCACGGCAAGGACUGGUAAUCAAAUGGCAUUCCCUUCGAGUGAAGUGUUGGAGCUUGCUGCUUCGUUUGAGAGCACAUCCUCUUUUGCUUCGAUUCCUUUGCAGCCGGUGCCUCGUGGUGGCUCGGGACCUUUAAACGGUUUCAUGUCAGGGCCUCUAGAGAGAGGUUUUGCAUCUGGUCCUUUGGAGAGAAACAACGGUUUCAUGUCAGGGCCUAUGGAGAAAGGAGUAAUGUCUGGACCUCUUGAUGUAUCUGAUAAGUCUAACUUCUCGGCGCCGCUCUCUUUUAGACGGAGAAAGCCUCGGUUUCAGCGGUUUAUGAGGAGUGUGAGCGGACCAAUGAGGAGGACGUUCUCUAGACGGUCUGAUGGGUUAAGUUGGAUGCAUCGCUUCUUCUUGAAUCCAGAGGCUAGGGUUUCUUGGCCUGUUGGGAAAGAAGGUAAGUUACAUGGUGAGGAUCCGGAAAAUUGUCUAGAGAGCAACCGGAACUUGCAGUGGGCUCAUGGGAAAGCUGGAGAAGACAGGGUUCAUGUGGUGCUAUCAGAGGAACAAGGUUGGCUCUUCAUAGGGAUAUAUGAUGGGUUUAGUGGACCGGACGCACCAGAUUUCGUUAUGAGUAAUCUAUACAAAGCUAUAGACAAGGAGCUGGAAGGUCUUCUCUGGGAUUAUGAUGAGCCAUCUGUAGAUAAUCCAUUGCAGCCAGACCAGGAACCUCUUUCUACAGAAGAUAACUUGUUUGCUCCAGAAACUAUCAGUGAGCAGCAUUCAAAUUCAGUACUGGUAGGAAGUGAGGAGGUUGUCGCUAAUAGUAACAGUAGCCUUGGAAAUGCCGACGCUCAGAUUGCUGAUGGUCCACCUGAUGGAAAUUUAGCAGGUCCUUGCAAGAGAAGCAUGAGACUUUACGAGCUGCUUCAAUUGGAGCGGUGGGACGGAGAAGAAAUCAGACUCGAGCAUUCUCACGGAGGGACCGAGAAUCCAUCUACUUCAGGUGGAGGAGCGGGGAAUGAUCCGUGUACCAGUGAGCAUAGCGUUCUUGAUGGGACUCCGAACCAGGGACAAAGCCAUGGAACUAAAAAAUCGCAAAUAAGCUCGAAGAUAAGAAGAAUGUAUCAAAAGCAGAAGUCUUUACGGAAAAAGCUGUUUCCUUGGAGUUAUGAUUGGCACAGAGAAGAAAGGCCAAGCGUUGAAGAGAAGAUAGCGGAGCCACCUGGACCGAUUAGGAGACGCUGGUCAGGAACCGUAGACCAUGACGCUGUUCUAAGAGCAAUGGCUAGAGCACUGGAAAGUACUGAAGAGGCUUACAUGGAAAUGGUGGAGAAGUCUCUUGACAUAAACCCAGAGCUUGCUCUAAUGGGUUCAUGUGUUCUCGUAAUGCUAAUGAAGGAUCAAGAUGUUUACGUGAUGAAUGUUGGAGAUAGUAGGGCUAUCUUAGCCCAAGAAAGGCUCCAUGAUCGUCAUUCUAAUCCCGGGUUUGGAAUUGAGGAGGGUAUGGGGCAUAAGAGUAGGUCCAGAGAGUCACUUGUGCGUGUGGAGCUGGAUAAAAUAUCAGAAGAAUCUCCAAUACACAACCAAACCACUCAGAUUAAUGUCUCAAACAAAAACAGAGAUGUAACUUCUUACCGGUUAAAGAUGAGAGCCGUUCAACUCUCAAGUGACCAUAGCACGAGUGUCGAAGAGGAAGUUUCGAGAAUUAGAUCCGAACAUCCAGAAGAUGACCAGUCUAUACUCAAAGACAGAGUCAAAGGCCAACUCAAAGUCACUCGAGCUUUCGGUGCUGGAUUUCUCAAAAAGCCGAAUUUCAAUGAAGCUUUGCUUGAGAUGUUCAGAGUAGACUACAUUGGAACAGAUCCGUACAUCACUUGCGAACCGUGUAUUGUGCAUCACAGGCUCACUUCAAGUGACCGUUUCUUGGUAUUAUGCUCAGAUGGACUGUAUGAAUACUUCAGCAACGAAGAGGUUGUUGCUCACGUGACUUGGUUCAUCGAAAACGUUCCUGAAGGCGAUCCUGCUCAAUACCUCAUUGCAGAGCUUCUCUCUCGUGCAGCCACCAAGAACGGGAUGGAGUUUCAUGAUCUGUUGGAUAUACCUCAGGGAGAUCGAAGGAAGUACCAUGAUGAUGUCUCUGUCAUGGUUGUGUCGCUUGAAGGAAGGAUUUGGCGAUCGUCUGGACAAUAUUAUCCAGAGAGAAAACCAAAACCCAAUAGAUGA